AUGAGAAACCGGGCAGUGGCUUAUUUCAAGAAGAUGGAUGUCAUCAAUGCCACCGCCUUGUCAAUGGUGCCGGUGGCUGAGCCCCUGGCUGUCUCACUCACUGCGCAGAACGCGACACAGAAUGCUGUGAGGAAGAAUCUGGAAGACAACCCACCUUCCUGCCUCAUCGGCUCCGUCUGCCAGGUGAACCGGAAGAUGGCUGAGACGGGUCUGAGCGCCCACCUGCUGGACAGCAGCCUGGCAAUUGAGAGAUUUGAGUUGCAGAAGAAGGCUUUAAGAGAGAAAAGUCACAGCAGCCCGGGAGACAGAGACAAAAGUCAAAGAAAAUCACAGGAUACUUUCAGCGGCUCAGAACCCAGGAACGUCAAAUCUUUCACUGUUAAAAGGAAAACAGCAGAUAAGAACCUGCUGGCGGAGCUGUACCAGCACACGCAGUUCAACGCCUGCAAGCCAAGUGCGCUCCCCAACGGCGUGGCCUUAUGCGACAUGGUGGACAACGUGGUCCAGUCUGAGAGAAGCCCCCUCCAUGGCAAGUCUUUCUGUUCAGAGAGAGAAUUAGAAAAGUUUCUCUCUUCCCCUUCUCUGCAAGCAAUGUGGUUGGAUAGCUUUUGGUGGAUCUUUCAUGAAAGGUACCAGCCAAACAAAGAGAUCCAGAAUAAGCUAUUCGACCGGAUAUCCCAGAACUACGCCUUUCUUCUGUUUUAUGAACCCAGGUCCCACUAUGAAGAGGCUAUCUUAAAAAGGCUGCCGUCACUCCUGAGCAAAGCACUAUAUACCAGCUUCUGUUGCUGCUUCCCACAGUCCUGGUUCAACACGCACGAAUUCAAGUCUGGCAUCUGUAACACCGUGACCCUGUGGAUUUCAGGUGUAUAUCCUUGCCUACAGAGCUAUGACAGUUGGGACUACUCAAAACUGGAUCCAGAGAGAUUCUGGAGAGAAGAAUUAAUGCUGCAUAGAAAAAGACCGAUAAAGGGAAGAGAGAUAUCCUUCCUUCCUUCUAAGACAUAUUCUUCCCAGAGCCUGCCCAGGGCGAGAAGCCCUCCUCCCCUGGAGUCUGCUAGUGUAAAUUCAAAUAGGGAGAGAGCCUUUUUAUCCAAGAAGAACUCAGAGGAUACCUCCCAAAUAAAGAAUACCAUUCAAGAACAUUCUGGUCAGACUCUGGUCUUGAGGAAAGUUACACAACAAGUCAAGAGGAUCUCAGAAGCAAGAUUAUAUGAGAAUAUGCUUCCUAAGAAGUCUCACCCUGCCUGCAAAAGCCCUGAGCUGACUGCAAACCUCUUCAACGUUUAUGGGAAGAGCCCUCUGAUCGUGUACUUCCUCCUGAACCACGUCACCCUGAGGCAGGGCGGCAAGGACGUGUUGAUAGUCAGGAGGGAAAGAACCAAGACCAUCCCCGAGUCCAGCCUGACCUACGCCGAGGUCAUCAGCAUGACCCUGUGCAACAUGAAGAAGCGAAGGAACAUCCUCCGGCAGCUGAACCGCCUCCACCUGAGUGAAUGGGCUUACUUUGACGAGCGCCUAAAGCAACUGCAGGACAACUUCCUCAGGGAAGUGAAGAAUGUAGACCAACGAGAAGCAGAUAAGAAAAAGGCAAACCACAUGUUCAUCCGCCGUUCAGUCCUCAAUGAAGAAUCCUUUGAAAAGAAAUCUAGAGGAAGCCUUCAGAGGGAGGCUGCAUUUCUUUUAAGGAAGGAAAAGGAAGAGAAAGAGAGACAGAAAGUGAACUACCCUCCCUUACCUCUUUCAAGGCCUGAUGAAUUAUUUUCCCUGGAAUUAUCUUCCCUAGAAAGCUCCAACGGAGCGUCUGAUAUUUCUGAUUCCAGCCUGCUCCUGCUGCUGCAUCAGAGUCAGGGCAGAGGAUGUCUCUUCCUCCAGGAAGCUUUCCCUGAUACACUGAAGAUCAAGGUUAAAUGCUUCUCUAAGCUCUCAGAUUUUUGA